UUCUCUUAUGAUGUCACAUUCAGAAUUCGAAGUUGGUUCACAGUUGUGGAAUGUGAGAGAAUGUAAAGAGGUGAAACUCCAAUAUUACUUUUGUGGGUAGUUUAGAGAGACAGUGUGUUCGUUUGAUCAUGGGUCAGCGAAUUUCUUGUGUGAAGAAAGUGAUAAAUAGCAGGUGUGUGUACAAUUCCCAUCUAAGUACACUACAGUCCUCCGCCAACACGCCACAUCCUCAUCACUGUGAAGAGAGGCAUGCUGGUUCUGCUGAGGAAGAUGAAGGAGAGAGGAAGAGGGUGAUGAGGAAGAAAGGGAGGUUUUGGAGGGGGCUGGCCUGUUUCUCCUUCUCUCGCCCAAGAGCUGGUCAGGACGGGAAAGCUCAGGGUGAGAAGCUGGAGCAGGCUGGAUCUUCUAGGUGCUCUACUGAUGAUCAGGUUUCUCUAAAGAGCAUCACAUGUACUGCAGUGGAUUGUGAUCAUCAGGAAGCUCCUAGCAGCAGCUCUGACAUCCUCCCCUCUUCUGAGGAGCAGCAGAUGCAGGAGCAUCUUCAGUCGUGUGUCGAUGAUAGGCCAGUUAAUCUGUCAGAGGGUGAGAUUGUGUCCCUGCUGACAGAACAACUGGACAAUGAUGUGGUCAUGAGCAUUGAGAACAUCUGCUUGAACUACAACAUUGGCGUUAAACUGGGGGAAGGAGGAUUUGGUGCCGUUUUUGAGGGAGUGCGAUGCAAGGAUGGCGUUCCGGUGGCACUGAAAUUUGCCAGAAAAAUGGAAAACAUGGAAUAUAUCAACAUUCCUGAUCAUGCCAAACCCGUUCCCCUGGAAAUUGGCCUGACAGUCCUUGCCAAUAAGGGUCCCAGCUCACCCCACAUCAUUGAGCUGCUGGACUGGCAGGAGCUCCCUGACCAUUAUGUUAUGGUCCUGCAGCGCCCCUCGCCCUGUGAGAAUCUCUCUGUCUUUUCGGAGUGCUGUGGGGGCAUCUUCGACGAAGACUUCGCACGGCAUGUGAUGCAGCAGGUCAUUGAGGCUGCUGACAAGUGCUGCAGCCGAGGAGUUCUUCAUAGAGACAUCAAGCUGGAGAACUUGUUAGUGAACACGGACACCCUGGACGUGACACUGAUUGAUUUCGGCUGCGGGGACCUGCUGCAUGAAAUGCCAUACAACACCUUUAGUGGCACAAGGAAGUACUGCCCCCCUGAAUAUUUAGAGACGGGCAAGUACAACGGACGGCAAGCAACAGUGUUUUCACUGGGGGUGGUUUUGUACACGUUGGUUUGCGGCUAUUAUCCAGACCGAACCGAUCUGGACAAGAUCAAGGACUGGCUGUGGUAUCUGCCCAGCUUGUCAAAAGAAUGCAGCCAUUUGAUCAAUGCCUGCCUGCAUCCCAACCCUGCCGAGAGAAUUCCUCUUGACAGACUCCUUCUCCAUGACUGGUUUAAGUGGGAUGACUAA